GUGUAAAGUGCGCUAAUAAUAAGUUUUCCACAACGUUCAUAGUGACAUAUAUCAUUAGCAAUUAAGUACCAUCUUUCUUUUCUUCAUCUCAUGUUGGCGAGUAGAGUAGGCAGCAUACAUCAACUUGCAUAUAUGGCAGUUAGAUAUUUUCGUACAGAUUCGCAACAUAAUCAACAAGGAGUGCAGCCAUGCUUGUAAGCCAAGUGUGCCACCCCACUUUCAACUUGCAAGUUAAGAUUUCCUAUAAAUACCUGGCAACAUCUCCAGCAUUUUUCAUCAAACACGUUCUUCAUUGAUUUCAAAAUCAAAAUGGUUAUUUCUUGGUUACACAAGAUUUCAUUUAUUCCUCUCCUGUGUGUUUUAGGGUUAGGCAUUGUGGCUGAUAUAACCGCCUAUGCUCAAGAUUCACCGCAAGACUAUCUUGAUGCUCACAACGCAGCAAGAUCAGAGGCAGGUGUUGCCGAUUUGGUUUGGGACGACGACGUUGCGGCGUUCGCCGAGAACUACGCAACGGAACGGCAAGGGGACUGCGAAAUGAUCCACUCCGGUGGCGGCGACGAGGGUUACGGCGAGAACAUUGCAUGGAGCAGUGGUGAUCUUGCAGGCAGCGAAGCAGUGGGAAUGUGGGUGGAUGAGAAAGACAAGUAUGAGUACGAUUCAAACUCAUGUGUUGGCGGAGAGUGCCGUCACUACACUCAAGUUGUUUGGAGUAACACUAUUCGGCUUGGAUGUGCCAAAGUGAAUUGCGAUAAUGGAGGCACUUUCAUUACUUGUAACUACCAUCCUCCUGGAAAUUAUGUUCACCAAAGGCCUUACUAGUUACUAGUAGUGCUCAUCUUCUAUCUCUUAUUAAUUUUUCCCUCAAGUUAAUUAAGAACGGUUGUAUACUAAAAAAACAAUCGGUUGUUAUUAUUGUCAUCAGAAUAGGGAAAUAUCUAGGUUCUAUGCGAACUGCGAAACUUGGCAAUGGAUUGAGUUUCUGCGAAAUUUCAUUGCCUCUUUGAUUCACUAUUGCUACGCUUGAAGAUCUAAGUGACUCAACAAAACUGGCUAUGAAUUAAUUAAGCAAGUAGUAACAAGCACCAUGAAAUUUGAAAAUUU